AUGCCUUCAGUCGAGGUGGGCGGCGCCGGCGGGUGGAGGCCGAAGCACCUCCAUCAGCAGUACCAGCCGAAGCACCACCAAUACCACCACCACUACACCCAGCAGCAGCAGCAGCAGCCUCCGCCCCAUCCCCACCCGCCGCCGCAGCCGCUGGAGAUCCGGGAGGUAUGGGCGGACAACGUGGAGCGCGAAUUCAAGCUAAUCCGCGCGGCCAUCGAGCGGUUCCCCUACGUGUCCAUGGACACGGAGUUCCCGGGCGUGAUCCACCACCCACCCCCUUCCGUCCACCACUCCACGCUCACCCCGUCCCAGCGCUACACCCUCCUCAAGUCCAACGUCGACGCGCUGCACCUGAUCCAGGUCGGGCUGGCCUUCGCGGCGUCCCCGUCGUCCCCGCCGGCGCUCGCGUUCCAGAUCAACCUCCGCGAGUUCGACCCGCGCGUGCACCGCCACGCGCCGGACUCCGUCCGCCUGCUCGCCGCCAGCGGCGUCGACCUCGCCGCGCACCGCGCCAGGGGGGUGUCCGCGCGCGCCUUCGCCGCGCUGCUCAUGUCGUCGGGGCUCGUCUGCAACCCCGGCGUGGCGUGGGUCACCUUCUGCUCCGCCUACGACUUCGCGUACCUCGUCAAGGUGCUCAUGGGACGGAAGCUGCCGCGCGCGCUCCCGGAGUUCCUGCGGUACGUCCGGGUGUACUUCGGCGCCGCCGUGUACGACGUCAAGCACAUGGCCAGGGUCGCCUGUGACUCCUACGGCGAGGUCGCGCUGCUCGGCGGGCUCGAGCGCGUCGCCGGUGCCCUCCGGGUGCGCCGCGCCGCCGGACGGGGACACCAGGCCGCGUCCGACAGCGUGCUCACGUGGGACACCUUCCGGGAGAUGGCUAGGCUCUACUUCCCCAAGGAAGGCAGCCUGGACGUGUGCGCCGGCGUGCUCUACGGCCUCGAGCUCCCCGACGGCGGCGACGCCACUACCAAGCCGGCUAAAUAG